GCAACCAACCAUCCGUUAGCUUCAUUAGCAUCAAGGUGGAGGAGAAAGCUAACCCACGGAAACACACAUCUGUCCGCUCCCUUCGGCUCAUGUGUUUCGCUUGAUUUUUUUAACUCGAGUUGCCCGUGGACCGAGUGACGGAAUCCGAGGCUCGGUGUGAAGAUGCAGUUCAUGCUGUUGUUCAGCCGGCAGGGAAAGCUGCGCCUGCAGAAAUGGUACGUGCCUCUGUCGGACAAGGAGAGGAAGAAGAUCUCCAGGGACCUGGUGCAAACCAUCCUGGCCAGGAAGCCCAAGAUGUGCAGCUUCUUGGAGUGGAGGGACCUCAAGAUUGUGUACAAGAGAUACGCAAGUCUGUAUUUCUGCUGUGCUGUAGAGGAUCAGGACAAUGAGCUGAUCACCCUGGAGAUCAUCCAUAGAUAUGUGGAGCUGCUGGACAAAUAUUUUGGCAGUGUGUGUGAGCUGGAUAUUAUCUUCAACUUUGAGAAGGCCUACUUCAUCCUGGAUGAGUUCCUGCUGGGCGGUGAGGCUCAGGAGACGUCCAAGAAGAACGUGCUGAAGGCCAUCGAGCAGGCCGACCUGCUGCAGGAGGAGGCCGAAGCACCACGGAGCGUUUUAGAGGAAAUUGGGCUGACAUAAACCAUCGCCUCACUGUUCUUUCUUCCAAUGUCAAUCUGGCAACCUCCACGACUCUCCCCAGUCUCCUCCUGUUCGCUGUGUCAGUGUCGUAUGUAUAUAAUCACCAUCUAUGUGCUGUAUUGCUCUGUACUGUACUAUCCUGUAAUGUCCUUUCAAUGUGGUGCCAACUGUGUGUCUUUAUGUGCAAGUUCCCUCGCCGUAUCCUGCAAUGCUAGUUUCAUGCGUCAGUUCCCCGUAACUUCUUAGAAACACCACAGAGAACAAUGUAGCAACCGCAUGAAAUCUCCAGCAUCAUUUCAUGAUCAUCCAUCAUCGCCGAUCGAAGGGUUGUUUGUGCUGUUUGGCUUUGAGAACUUUUUGGGUGCUGUUGUAGCUGCAGUUGUUUUUUUUCUUGUGUUACCAUUCAGGUCACAGGGCUCAGCGUCUGAUUCAUGAAAGAAUGAAUACUCGUUUAACAAAACCUACAGCAAUUUUAAAAAAAAUUCUGUUCAGUGCAUGAAAAAAGUAAUGAGUAAUGAGACAUGUCAUCUUUGUUUAAAUUAGGAAAAUGUAAAAAUGGGAUAUAAGAUUAGAAUAUUUUACACGUCUUGUGAAAUGGGUUCUUUAAAUUAUCAUUGACAAUUUAUUUUUUGAAAGAUCUAUUGCUCAGCUCUGUGGCUCAAACGUAAUGGUAAUAUCACGAGACAUUUACCAACUGGGGCGAGUGCUAUCGUGGGAAUCUCUGACAGUGUUAACAAUCACUUCUACAUGGGUGAGUUCAGCCCAGCAGACAAGUGACAUUAAAAACAAUUACCCGCAAUCAGUAUCAGGUUUGUACAAGUUUUGUUUUGGUGAUUCCUCUCCCGAAGAUGUCCUUUUCAAGACUGCAUGUUUACCUUUACCAGCUGUUUUGCAUAAUGUCAUGUUCAUUUUGUGGCUUUUGUUUAAGAUUGAAGUUUGUCACAGUUUCUGAAGAUAAAUCUUUAGCAGGUCUCCCUUAGUCUUAGGUCAGAAUAGCAUAGUGACCAAAAACAAGAAAAACUAUUUUAUGUAUAAUGAUAAUUUGGUUUACUCUUUAAGACGAGCAUAUGACCAAAGAACACUGUGUUUUUCUCCUCCUCAAUGGUGUCUAUGGAAGGCCAACGUGGCAGAAAAGGGAUAUUUGGGGUGGCAGGAUGUUUGGGUUAUUUGUCCUAAGUGUACCAGUAUUAUAUAAUUAUUCCAGUCCAUUUACAGACAAGUGUAUCCUGGGUUUUAGGGACAUGGGAUGAUGAACUGCACAUCUCAGGUUAGAUCAUUAAAAUUCAUCAGUCAGCUUGUUCACUCGUCAGAAAGAUGCAGGAAAACAAGCUAUGAAUAGAUGCAAUCUGGCAAUCCAGUUUAUUUUUCAUCCGCACUCAAAACCACAAGGCGUUCCAGUCAUGAGCAAUCAUUGAAGUUCCUCUUUUGAGUUGUGCAUAAGAAAUCAAUUACUUUUGUAUUAAACACUGCCAACUACAUUUGCCACCAUUUCUUUCUAAUAUUUGAAAGUUAUUACCAAUAAAUGUAUUCAGAAGGAAA